GGGAAUAGGCAUUGGAGAGCGAGGGGCGGGUAGAAAUGCCGGACGAGGCGGUGAAGGCGUCUCUGACGCUGGGUGAAACAGAAACCCACACGGUCCUUCCUCCGCUCGUAUCUUCUCCUGCAAACUCUUGCAGAACGCAGAGAAAGGCGCGAGGAAGAGGCUCCACAGAUGCGCGGCGACUGCGCGCGCCAGGGAGAGAGCCAGCUUCGGAGGGAGGCGCGCAGCGCGCAUCCACACGAACACGCGUCUGCAGCAGCAGGAGGAGGAGGUACACGCGGAGAUCUUGACGGAAGGGUAAACGCACGAGGCACAUGGGAGGGGGGCGCGUGGGGUUUCUUCUUCACCAUGUCCCUCUGCUCCCGGGACAAGCUGGACUGGAACCAUCUCGCUCGAAAGGAAAGCGGAGUGACACCGCUUAGGCAAGAUUCGGGAGCGGAGGGAGGUAGAGCUGUAAACGGGCAGCCGGCAGCCGCGCCCCCUCCCCGCAUCGGGACACCUGCGCCUUGGCUUUUUCUUUAGUGGGGCGUGAGCGUUUCUGCCUCUCCCCUCCUCCAUCCCAUGAAGAUGAACGUAUGUUGAAGUCCAGCUCCCAUCAGCCCCAGCCAAAAUGGAAAAUGUUCAUGGAUUAUCGGACCUGUGGUUCACUGACAUCUGGAGGGAUGUCCAAGAGGCAACUGGAACAUUUCCUCUUUAGAGUGCUCUAGAUGGCACCCGAGACAAGACAAGAAGAACCAUGUACAAUGGAGCCAAGCUGCUGAGUCUCCUGCCAAAAGAUGAACAACAGUCUUUCAAGGUUUAUCCCUGUACACACCAGCAUCAAACCAUAGAGCUUCUACCGAGGAAGGAGGCAAUUGGCAUUGUUUCAGUUUGGGCUUUGAGACACAGAGUUGGCGUUCAUCUCCGGCACAGAGGCCUUCUGCUCCUUUGAAUGGUCAUGUUGGAUUUUCCUUGGCUCACCAGGACAGCUCCAUCCCUUGCCCAGCGCCCAUCAUGGCACUUUUGCUGGACAGAGUCCGCGACUUCUCUCCUGGCCUCAACAUAUCUCCUGGUCUUCUUAAUCCAUGGAUACUAAACCACUCUCAAAGGGAUUGUGAGCUAGAACCAGGCUGUGGUGAGCACACGCUGGCUGCUGGCAGCAGCUUCCCGGGGCCAGCUGUCCGCUUUGUGCUGCCCGCCAUUUAUGCCCUUAUUUGUGCUUCCGGUGUUCUGGCCAAUGGGAUGGUGAUUUCGGUCAUUCUGGGCUGCAAGCAGAAGGUAGUUUCUGACAUCUACAUUUUGAACCUGGCGGUAGCUGACUUACUCUUCUUGCUUGGUAUGCCGUUUGUCAUCCACCAACUUCUGCAGGAGCAAGGCUGGGUUUUUGGAGACUUUCUCUGUUGGGCUGCAACCACCAUCGACCUCAACAACCAGUUCAGUAGCGUGGGCAUUGUCACUCUGCUGUGUGUAGACAGGUACGUGGCAGUUGUGUACUCGUCCACCAUCGGCCAGAAACGGACCCUGCGGUGCACAACUCUGAUCAACGCUGGUGUGUGGGCUGGGAGCUUGAUUCUGGCCACACCUGCGAUGCUCUAUGCCCGGGUGCACUGGGACAACAAGACGGAGAUCUGCCUCCUUGACUUACCAGGUCCCCACAGUGUAUAUUGGUAUACCCUGUACCAGUCAUUGCUGGCUUUCCUGCUUCCCUUGCUGGUGAUCACUGUACUGUAUUCACUGACUCUGCAGCACCUCUUCCGUGCCAUGCGCCGGGUGCAUAGGAAGCCAUCUGCCCGCAGCCGGAAGGUGACCCGCAUGGCCCUCACAAUCAUAGCUGCCUUUUUUGUCUGCUGGACUCCGUACCACGUGCUGCAGUUGGUCAACCUCAAUGCCACGCCCUCUGCCACCUUUUUCUACCUGUACCAGGCUACUAUUUGCCUCAGCUACGCCCACAGCUGUGUCAGCCCCAUCCUUGUCAUUUUCUGCACCGAGUUCUUCCGCGAGAGGAUGGCCCAGUCCAGGUAUUGCAGAUUGUUUACCAAGUGGAGGGCAAUACGAGAAAGCCAUUCCUUAUCUAUACCAGAAAUGACAGCUACGAUGUACAGUCCAGAAGCAAGCCAUGCUGCGUCUCCAUGCAUCGCCUGCCCUCCAUUUGCAACAGAGAUGCCUUUGUGCUCUGUAACCGAGACCACCAGAUUCAAUAUAGUUGUCAAUGGACAUGAGGAACCUAGUGGAUUUUGAGGACCCGCUUUAAUUUGGUUUAGAUCUCAGCUUGAAACUGGCACACCCUGAAGUUCUGGAAGAGUAUUAAGGUGGUGAUGAGGGAGAGAUACAGACUGGAAGACUCCUGGUUCUGGAGGGCUGUUGUAAGACCAUGGCAGCAAGCGGAAAAACUGUUAGUGACGACUAAUAAGACAAGGGACAUUGAGCGAAUUAAAUGAAACAAUAAUUCACUUUGUCUGGAAGUCAAUGCGCCUGUUCUGUUUCAGUCUACAAGAACAAAUUAAUUGUCCUGUAAAUAUCAUUUGUUGUAAUAUCCGUCCUCUAAUCUAUUGACUGCUCUUGCCAAGGUGUUCCCUUGAACAAAAGAGAAAUCUAUCAAGUUGAUGGAACUUCUAUACGAUGGACACAUUAGACCAGAGCACUUAAAAGUGCUUAUUUAUCUAUCUUACUUGUUAGUUGGCCAUGUUCAACCAACCUGAUCCUAAAAUCAAG